AUGGCCAAGAAGGCCAAAAAGGCCAAAAAAACCACCUUCCUCUCUCUCCCGCGCGAGCUCCGCGACAUCAUCUACACCCUCGCCUUCAACGGCAUCGCCACCCGCCGCGACAUCCACGGCACUGAGCACGGCGGUCUCCUCCGCAUGGAAGACCCCAUCUGCGCCGAGGCGCUCGAAAUCUGCCUGCACAAGCAGGUCCAAGUCGUGGUCGUGGCCGACUUUCGGCCAAAAGUGAAGGGCGACAUCGGGACGUGGCUGCGGCGCUCGUGCCGCUGCUGGUGGAGUUGGAGCGCGUCGGCUUCAAUUUGA